AAAAAUGAUUAUGGCGUAACGGGAUAAUUGUUUGUUUAUCAGAGACCUGUCGUGUUUUACAUAUCCUCUCCGCGCGAUGAAGUAAUCGAUUUAGAAACAAACAUGGCGAUUCGUAAUGUAAACUGGCAAGAUCCUGCGGCCUCAUGAGGAAAGCUAGCUAGGUGCGAUGACCGACCCGUUCCUGCCUGGCCCUGAGCGAAAACAAUCUCUCAUCAGCAAGUGCCUCAAUGAGCGCCGCCGGCGGGAUCAGGAGAGCGCAUACUUUGAGGAGCUAGCCGAGAUCAUCGCCGCCGCGAGUGUUUCGGACAUGUCUGGUGCGUUCUCGCUGAAACCAGAGAAGUGCGCCAUCCUUCAAGAGACAGUCAAGCAGAUAAAACAGAUCAAACAAGGCGCAGAGGGCGAGGCUGCCGUACAGCAGAGUCAGGUUUCCUCAAGUAAACCCGCCUUGCUGGCAGACGACGUGCUGGGGCCCCUACUGCUGGAGGCGCUAGAUAGCUGUUUGUUUGUGGUGAAUUCUCAGGGAAAAGUGGAAUUUGUCUCGGAAAACAUCACCCACUUUCUGAAGUACUCACAGGAGGAGCUGAUUGGGAAGAGUGUGUACAACAUCAUCCACGUCGGCGACCAUGCUCAGUUUAGUAACAGCCUCCUUCAGUCACACAAUGGGGGAAUAAACUGGCCGCCAGAUCAACUUGGGGGACGUGGCAGGGACUUCAACUGUCGCAUGCUCAUAAAACCCCUGUGCACAGAGAACGAUGAUCUUGAGACCAAGCAAACUUACGUCCACCAGUACGAGAACUUACAGGUGUCUACUGUUCUUCACCCAAAUGUCCAUAACGACCAUUCUGAGAACACUGACGGGGGUUCUAGUCUAGUCUGCAUAGCCCGCAGACUUCCUCUUGCGGAGAAAACCAAUACCAUGCUCGGUGUGGAGCAGUUUACUACGAAGCAAGACCUCAAUGGGAAAAUCACCGGCUGUGACAUCAGUGGAAUCGCUCACCGAUUGAACUGUCCCGACCUUGUUGGGCAGAAUAUUCAAGACUUUUGUCACGCAAACGACGUUCAGCAACUAUCUAGACAUUUACAUGAAGUGGCUAAACAUGGGCAGAGCACGAGCGCGGUUUAUCGUUUCCGAAUGCAGGAAAACCGCUACUCGUUUGUACAGACCAAGAGUACUGCGUUCAAGAACAAAAUCAAUGGGUCGGCAGAUUUCAUCAUGUCCACUCAUUCGGUUAUUAGGGAGUGCGAUCCAGACAGCGAGAAGGGUUCGGCCUCUACAAGUCUGAUGAAGUCAAUCAUCGGACCGAGCCUUCUGCAGAAUCAACGACCGAGUGCGAGUAACUCUGCCAACGUGAACAUUUCAAACGUGAACAUGGGUGUGAAUGUGAACAGUAACGUGAACAUGUCAGGUCUGAACAGACUCGAUGCGACAAGCUUUCUAGGGAUUACUAGUGACAACCUCAGUGAACAAGACUUUCUGAGUUCGGACUGGGAUAAUUCUUCCAGCUUUACGGAUUCUAGUGUAACGAGUUCAGCUAACAUGGCUGUAAGCUACACGAGCGGAAAUACCUCAAAUUCUUCCGCGUCGUGGAUGAACCAGUUACGGAUGUCGCAGGUUCACCAGGAUCUGCAGCAGUUACAGCGAAGUCUGUCAAAGUCAGGUCAGCAACAGCAGCUUGCAAACCCAGCGUCAUUAGGGACCGGAAACAAACGCUCAAGUAGCGUGUCACAGUUUGCUAAUCAGCGAAGUGCCAGCAUCGACCUCGGCCAACAUCAGGGUCAGAGUCAAUCUGGAAUACAGCAGAUGGCGAUGUCGCAUGGGCAGAAAAGCCCUGGGUUUUCACCGGGCUCGAUGAGAAGCGGGAAUUUCCAGUUCCCUCCUCAGCGGUCGGGAGUGGGGUCGUACAAUCGUAGGAGUCCAGGGGCUCUGCCAAGUCCAAUAGGUAGUGGGUUCAACACCCCUUUCCCGCCACGAACACCGUCUCCGAUGUUGUCACCUCCACCAAGUUCCCAGUCGUCCAUGUGGUCAGUCCACAGUGCCCUGUCCAGUACCCGCGGCUACAUGGAUUUGCAACCAGGCAGUCACCUAGACCAGCUGACCCACAAUCCAGCCACUGACAGGUUAAGCCACACUCAGGCCGCUGACCGGUUGAGCCACACCCCAGCGGCUGACCGGUUACUACAGCAACUUGGCGUCACCCACGGGGAACUGUCUGGAGCGCCAGACCGCAAGAGAGGGCGGGUACCCGUCUGGGAAGCUUUGUCAGCUCCUGUCACAACCCACGUCCCCCGCGGGCUCCAUGAAAUCUGUUUAAUCAAUUUUCCAGGAGGUCGUAGCAGGCACAACAGUCGCCAGGGCUACACCGCAAUGUCACCCACAGACAGCAUCCAGUCACCCCAGCCAGGGCCCGGACAGAGCCCGCAGGAGAAGCCCCAGAGCACGUCCAAUGACGACGAUCACCACGGAAACGAGAGGGCCUCUACGACGCAUGACGACAAGGAGAGUAAUAAAUUAUUGAAGUCGUUGCUCAGCCAGGAUGACGAUGCAGAGGACGAGGUGGACAAACAUGACGUGAACACACAGAAGGUGCUUGACCAACCACGUGAGGCGAUCCCGUCAACUCAGUCGUCCAAGUCAGUUGAGAUGGACAAGAACGAGGCAGAGGCAAAGAAACCCAGCAACAUUCUUCUCAAGCAACUACUCAGCACAGAAGAUGACUGUCUGGUGAAAGGCUCGGGGGUAUCAAAGUCCAGUGAUGUGGGUGGACGGGGCCGUUCCAUGUCUGGGGAUCGCAUUAUGAAGGACAUUUUAGCUGACACAAACAAGGGAGACAACUGUCGAUCUGCACCAGCAGAGAGCACCAGCAUAGAUAUUGAGUUGGCGCGGCAACGGCACCAGUCUGGCCCUCAGGAGCCCCAGUCCACAACAACCCUUUCUCUCCCCAUGACCCCUACCUCCUCCCCUUUGACCUCUGGCCUCAAAGGGUCAGCAACCAUGAACAAUUCUGUUCUACAAGAAAUUCUGAGCACCUCGAGUUUUCACGCGCCCUUUUCAACAACCACAAUGUCUCUGUCCAGUGAUCCGCACUCAAGUUUGGGUAGUUUGUUAAGCUCAAGUGCCGGGGGUGGAACGAGUGUGAUUGACACAAGGAGUUAUAGUGGUGGUAACUAUAGUAACGCAAAUAGUCAGUUCUCGCUGUUGGACAUCACGACAAACAUUACGAAGAAUAAAAAGUUGGAUAACUUGUUUAAUUCUUUGUGGGACGAACAGAACGACAAUGAGGAACGGGAGAAGAUCAAGGAACAGUUGAAGAGCUUCAGUCAGAAGCGGAAGCUUUCCUCCGGGGAUACUUCUGACGUCGAUAGUUUGGACAGUAGUAGUAGCAAUAUUACGGACCGUCCUGGUUUUUCUUCUCAGGCGUCGAAAUUGUCUAAAGAGAACGCACUUUUGACGCAGUUGCUGACGAAAAAAGGCAGUAAUGACUUUGUCGUGAACACUCAGAGCACAAUACAACCAUCAGGUGUACCCCAGGCGCGAAUUCCGGCCAACAUCGGAAACAAAGUGCUUAAGGUGAACCCGUCCGGGUUUGUUACGAGCACUUCGCACUCGGAGCCAAAACGGCCUCGCGUUGAAUCGACGCUAGAGAAGGCGUUGAAGAAAGACAGCAGUUUUGUUGUGUCGUCUAGUACGCCAUUUGAUUCACAACCUGACAAUCAGAAUCAGAACUCGAAUUCGGCCCUUAGCAAUAUCAGCGAGGCCAGCAUAUCAUCACAGCUUCUCGAGCUUCAGCAAACAUUUUUAGCGAACAAGACGAACAUCGUUGAAGUGAAUGUCGACAACAAUCAUGACCCUCUUCUCGCACAAAUACUGCAACUCGCUCAAGAUAUUCAGCACGAAGAUGGUAUGCGUCAGCCAAGCACUAGCACGCCCCCUUUCAACAUUUUCUCGCAAGGCAGCUACAUCAACACUUCCAACAGCGGAGCAUUGGUGAGUUCAACGUCCAUACCAGCGUCGAUGUCGCUUAGUAACAGCUCAAUGCUGGGCAUGGACAACUUGUUCUCGACAAGUCGCUCGAGCGGAAAUGAUCUGAUCCAACAGAUAGAGCAGGCGUUAAGUGACUCCUCCGUUAACGUGACUGAUCUCGAUAUGCUGCUCUCGAAUAAUGUGAACCUGACACCCGAAGAGCAGUCGGCAAUCGACGCCAUUCAGCAGCAGCUGUUGUCGGAUAUUCCCGGGUUUGGUGUGGCGACUUCGGCGUCGGGACUCGCUCCAUCUCUGUCUAUGGUCCGGUCACAGCAACAGCAACAACAACAACAGAGCCGGUUCCUACAGGACCCAAUACAAUCACAGAUUGGUGCCCAGCUGAACAACGGGCUCUCUGGUCAGCUGGGCUCAGACGCCCGAGGACACUUCUUGGGCAUGGGGGGUGGGCUCUUGGCCCAGGACCUUGGGGCAAACGCUCAACGGGCCCUACCCCCAGGGUAUGGCCAGUCUAACCCUGGGGCUCCAAACUUCCCUGCUCAGGGGCCUAGAUUACCUCAUCCACAAGGGGCCUUAUCCUCACAAGUUCAUGCCCAGAGAACGAUGUUCAACAACUCCAACUCAGCCACUUCAUCUCAACAGGUCCGCCAGUCUCUCUUGCAACAACAGAAGUUAAAGUUAGAGCGUGAAAGAGAGAAAGAGAGGUUACAGCAGCAGGACAUGCAGAAAUUGCUGCUUCAGCAUCAACAGCAACAGCAGCAACAACAACAACGCUCCCAAUUCAGCAAUCAACAGUUCCAGGGACAAAGGUUUUCAAAUGACAGCAUGUCAAUGAACAUGGCGCCAUUCCCCGAAAACCUCGCCGAGCUAAUGAACAGUGCCACUGCACCAAACGUUACCCUUCAGAGAAACGGAAUCCCGGGCCCAAUGUCACCGCGGUACCAAUCCGGGCUCCAGCAGCCGCCGCCCAGCCCCAGCCUUGUAAGCCCAGGAGGAGGAGUCAUGAUGCCCAUGGGCUCUCAACUCUCCCCGGGCUUCUCUCAGCAGCAGUGGAACAACAUGGCGUCGCAGCAGGGGACCUCCCAAUACAACAACCGUCACCGAUCAUUGUCCGGUGGCACUCAGAUUCAGACGUCGCCCAAUCAGCGAUUCUCGUUCAACGACCCACCGUAUCCUAGCAACCAGGCCAUGUUUGCACAGCAACAGCAGCAGCAGCAACAACAACAACAGUCGGGUCAGCAGUCUACAAUGUUUGGACAACCUACCGGCAGGAGUUUAUUGCAACGCCAGCUCAGUCGCGGGUCUCCUCGCGCCUCCCAGAGCCCUUUUGGUUCCCAAGGCGGUGCCUCCGACCCACUUCUUUCGCCGCACAACAUCUCACCUGGUACCAUGCGUCUCCCUGGUCAACAGGAUGUCAGCCCGCCUUACAACACCGUAUCCAUGGCUACCAAACCCUCCGCCGCCUCCUUAACCUCGCCCCAGUACUCCCUUGGAGGUCAAGGUCAACUUGGGGGUCAAGGGCAGGGUCAGGUUCAAGGUCAAAUGGGACUGGGAGGUCACAGUGAUAUGGGCAUGUUUGACAGUAAGAAAUCGUUAGAUCUACCGUUGAGCGUGAACAUUCCGGGAAUGAUGGUGACGGGUUCGUCCCAGUUUGUGAAACAGGAGCUACGUAACAUCUGCAAGAACCGAGUCCAAGGGCAGACAAAUCAAGUGGGAAUGUUGGCUGCCCAGCAUUCACCCCACUAUCUGCAGCAGCAGCAACAGUCAACAUUGCAGCAACAACAAUCCAGAUUACAGCAGCAGCAGCAUGCACAACAACAACACCAGCAGCAACAACAACAGAUGAUGGCGCAGUCAUUAUUGGAAAUGCAGCGACAGCAUCAUCAACAGCAGCAACAACAGCAGCAACAGCUUCAUCAUCAACAACAACAGCAGCAGCAACAAGACCUUCAACCUAUGGACCAUUUAGAUGACACAUCAGAAAUUCCUUUGGAUCUUCUUGAACAAAUAAAUGAAAUGACAGCUGAACAUGGCAUCAAUGAUUUCAAAGAGGAGGUUAUAGUGCCAAAGAAGCGAGAGGAGGCGAAGAAACGCUAUGAAAACUUCCAGCAGCUUGCCCAUUCUGAAAACCCAGAUAGUAAGGCGUCAAGCUUGUUCAGAAAACAGUUGCAGUCGCAGCACAUGAACCAGCAGAGGUCGGCAUCGCGGGAUUCUGGUAUCUCCAUGGGGCAAGACAAACAAUCUGUGAAUAUAGUCCAGAGUGAACCCAGGACACCCAUCGAUGAAAUCAAACCGGCCAAUCAGAAGGACAGCCUGUUACAACAGCUGUUAUCCGAUUGACGCCAGCCAUACCUAGGAAGUUCAGUGAUAAAUACAAUUAAAUACACAAGCUAGUCUUAUAAGUGCCUGCGUUGGCCUGAUUAUAGCCUCACUGCCCGUUGUGAACACUUAUGAUGUCCUGAGCUUGGAAUUACUGCGAGGGGCGCAAAACGAGUUGCAGGACUCUGACAGGAAUUGCAAAUGCGAUAUUUUGUGACGAGCUGCAGAGUGUUGUGACCAGCCGCAAUGUGUCAUGUGACCAGCCAUGAUGUGUCAUGUGACCAGCCAUGAUGUGUCAUGUGACCAGCCAUGAUGUGUCAUGUGACCAGCCAUGAUGUGUCAUGUGACCAGCCACAAUGUGUCACAUGCCCAGCUGAGACUGAUCAUGUGACCAGCCAAGAUAUGUCAUGUGACCAGCCAUGUGUCAUGUGACCAGCCAUGUGUCAUGUGGCCAUCAGUGUCACACAAUGUUCCUGAAUGUGUCACGACGAAUAAGACAUGAAAGUCUUGACCUAUGCCUCGGUCAAGACCCAUCAAAAAAUUAUGUGCUCAAAAGAAACGUCUCGGGUAUUUUCAUAUGUAACCUCUCGCCAAUUUGUUAAAGAAAAAGGAACCUAGGUUCUUUCUCAGCAUUAGACAGAUGUUAUACAGAAUAUGUUCCCAUGGUAACAUAGUUUCAAAGCAUUUUAGUUGGUACGGAAACGUACCUUUGCCUAGCAAAUAUCUAUUUGUGAAUUGAACUGAUUUUGUUAUGCACAGUGGUGACAGAAUAUGUUCCCAUGGUGACAGAAUAUGUUCCCAUGGUGACAGAAUAUGUUCCCAGUGGUGACAGAAUAUGUUCCCAUGGUGACAGAAUAUGUUCCCAUGGUGACAGAAUAUGUUCCCAUGGUGACAGAAUAUGUUCCCAGUGGGUUUGUUUCAAACUUAGCCGGACAUUUUGGGAAAAACAUUUGAGAAUAGUUCUAAAACUGUCACAUUGGAAAAAAGUGCUUAAUCCAUUGUCUGUGAUAUGCCAUGAAGUGUAAAACUGACCACAGAAUAAUGAAUUGCUGUUUUCUUACUGAUAUUUGAAGUAUAGAAAGUGAAUGUUUAUGUACCCAUUAUAGUUGAUUAGAAUGGUUAUUCAAGUUUUGACUUCGCGGGGAAAGCAGUGAAGUACUUUAAAACAUUGGGUUUGUUUUGAUCUCAGAUAAUGAAUUUCAAAAGUCAUUGAUUUGCUCACAAGAGUUGUGAUGGGUGAUGCGGAUUGAAACUGUGAACUGACGGAACAUUUUGGGGUGCAACAGAACAAAUGUUGACUCUGCAUUUUUGAUGAACUCAUUAAAAACUGUUGUACUCUUCAGAGAACAUUUAUGCCUAUGGGCAAACAGUAUUUUAGCGGUGAAGUGUGUGACAUUAAUUAUUAUUGCCCGUUGUUGAUUUUCUGACCCGCAAAACAUUGACCUCAACUGCUUAUUGCUGCCCCUUUGUUUUGCUUGUGAAAUUGCUUUUGUGCAUGCAUUUAAAAAGAUGCUUCGAGAACACACUAUGAAACCAUUGGGUUAUGGUUAGGGUUAGAACACACUAUGAAACCAUUGGGUUAUGGUUAGGGUUAGAACACACUAUGAAACCAUUGGGUUAUGGUUAGGGUUAGAACACAAUAUGAAACCAUUGGGUUAUGGUUAGGGUUAGAACACACUAUGAAACCAUUGGGUUAUGGUUAGGGUUAGAACACACUAUGAAACCAUUGGGUUAUGGUUAGGGUUAGAACACACUAUGAAACCAUUGGGUUAUGGUUAGGGUUAGAGCACACUAUGAAACCAUUGGGUUAUGGUUAGGGUUAGAACACACUAUGAAACCAUUGGGUUAUGGUUAGGGUUAGAACACACUAUAAAACCAUUGGGUUAUGGUUAGGGUUGCUCACCCUUACCCUAUUUUGUGUGUAUGCGUUUAAAAAGAUGCUUCGAGGGUUAGGGUUAGGGUUAGG